GCAGCUCCUCCGUCAGACGUGACGUCGCUGGUCCCCCACUGAAAAACUCUUCUCGGCACAAACUUUUCCAUGAAGGCAGAAAAACACAACGAGCCCCCAAAUACUCCUCUCUGUGACCGGGAGCCUCGGCAUGUGCGGACAUUUGCACUUCAACUCCGCAUCCCGCCGUCGAAAUGUUAAUGCAGUCGCGUCGUUUUGUGGACUCGGGGGCUGCUGUUGUGGCGGCUGUUUGUGUGGCUGUGUUGUUGGCGAAAAGCUGCCUGUGUGUCACCGAGGAGGACGAUGAAGUGCUGGAGAAAAACCAGCUUAUGGAGUUUUACAAAAAAGGUCUGUUUAUCCUGGAGAGUGAGCCACUGAAACGCUGCAUCACGGUCGAUCGCUCUAACCUGGUGCUGGAGGACUGCGGGCGGCCCACGCGCCGCAUGCUGUGGAAGUGGGUCUCCCGUCAUCGCCUCUUUAAUCUGGGCACCAGCAUGUGCUUGGGCCUAAACAUCUCUGACACAACGCAGCCUCUUGGCACGUUCGAGUGUGACAUGGCCCUCCCCGUGCUGUGGUGGCGCUGCAAUGGAAACAUGCUUUACGGAGCUUCCCAGUGGAAGGUGGCUGUGGCUGGACGUCUGGUGGUGGUAAAGAAAAACUCCUAUCAUGAGUGGAAAAGGUACAACACCCCCCGAGAGGGGCCCUGCUCGUAUCCAUACGAAGAUACGCACACAUUGUUGGGAAAUGCGCAUGGGAUGCCCUGCGCUUUGCCCUUUAAAUACAACAACAAAUGGUACUCUGAGUGCACGACUGAAGGCCGCGAGGACCAUCUUCAGUGGUGUGCUACCUCCACUCGCUACGAUGAGGCCGAAAGAUGGGGCUUCUGUCCCGUGCCAGAUUCCAGCUGUGAGCGUUUCUGGGAGUCAAACCAGGAGCUGCGUGCGUGUUACCAGUUCAACCUGUACACCAUCCUGACCUGGAGUCAGGCGAUGUCAACCUGCCAGGCUCAGGGAGGAAAUCUGCUCAGCAUCACCAGCCUGGCAGAGCACAGGUACAUCAGAGAUCGACUGGCAAGCGUCGGAGCGAUGGUGUGGAUCGGGCUGAACCACCUGAAGGAUGGACGGGGGUGGCAGUGGUCUGAUGGAGCACCUCUGUCACUGGUCAAUUUCACCACAGCUCUGCCUGCCAGCCCGCUGCAGGACAACGGACAGUGCGGCGUGUACAGCUCAGCCCAUGAGGGUCACUGGCAGAGUCUUUCCUGUGAGUCCGCUCUGCCUUACAUCUGCAAGAAGACGCCUAACGACACCCGGAGAGCCGAGCCACUGGAGAACUGGCAGUAUAUCCACACAGAGUGUGCUAAUGGCUGGUGGCCUCAUAAUGGUUUCUGCUACCAGCUGCUGUCUGAGGCAGAAGCAGGAAGCUGGCAGCAGUCGUCCCGGGCCUGUGGCUCUCAGGGCGCAAACCUCACCAGCAUCCAAUCCCUGUCUGAGGUGGAAAUGCUGCUCAACCUCAUGGCUAACUACUCUGGGGACAGUAUGGAGGUGUGGAUCGGUCUUUGGAAACCCGAAUCGUCACCGACUGUAGAGUGGUCUGAUGGCUCACCAGUAACUCUGACGCUCUGGCACCAGUAUCACCCCCCUCACAACCUGACGGAUGCAACACUCUGUGUCAAAGCAGACAGGAAGGAGGGUAACUGGCUGUUAGUGUCAUGUGAUGAGCGACUGCCCGCUGUAUGUAGGAGAGAAAGCCAGAAUCCUGUUCAUCAGCCUGAACCCUGGGAUGAAGGUUGUCCUGAGGGCUGGAAGCGACAUGGCCACUCCUGCUACACUGUGACUAGCCACGAGCAGAACUUUGAGGAUGCACUGAUGGGAUAUUACUGCAAGGCUCCUCUCCUCACAAUGGAAAGCAGGUUUGAGCAGGCGUUUGUCAACAGUUUGCUGAGCGAGAGCGGAGCCAACAGCAGCCGGUAUUACUGGAUCGGCAUUGUGGACGAGGAGAAGAGGGGAGAGUACGGCUGGCUUCCUCACAAUGGUUCCUCAGUGCCUCUCACCUUCACAAACUGGAACAAACACCAGCCAGUCAGUGCAGGUGGAUGUGUUGUUUUGUCGGGUGGCCCGGCUUUGGGUCACUGGGAGGUGAAAGACUGCAAAUCCCAUAAGGCCUUUUCAGUGUGCAAGCAGAGCGUCAGCAGCUACCAUGAGGUCCAGCUGCCGGAGCACCACAUUGAUGCCUUCGCCCCCUGUCCUCCAGGGUGGGAAUCACACUCUGGACUGCUCCACUGUUUUAAGGUGUUCCACAAUGAGAAAGUCCUGAUGAAACGUUCCUGGGUGGAAGCAGACUUCUUCUGCCAGGCCCUUGGGGCUCAGCUGGCCAGUUUCCACCACUAUGAGGAGCAGGUGUUUGUUAAGCAGCUCCUCAGUACCAUGUUUGAAGGAACAGAAGGUCGCUGGUUCUGGGUAGGUUUAAAUAAGAGAGACCCUGAACAUCUCGGAGCGUGGGAGUGGUCUGAUAGUUCUCCUGUGGUGACCUCCUUUAUAGAGGAUAAAAACGAGGAGGACGACAGGAGGGACUGUGCUGUGUACAGCGACCUGACCAAUGUUCUCACGCCGCAGCCCUGUGACGCCAAACACGAGUGGAUCUGUAAGCUGGCCAGAGGUGAUAAACUGAGGAAACCCUACUGGUACACUGAGCAGAGCGAGCCCUGGGUGUUUUACCGUGGAGCUGAGUACCUGCUGGCGAAGCAGCCCUUUAACUGGGACACUGUCUCUCUGGCCUGCCAGAUGAUGGGAGCUUACCUGGUGUCCAUUCACUCCAGAGAGGAGCUGCACUUUAUCAAGGAGCGCUUGCGGCGGCUCUCCCUGGGCCCGACCGACUGGUGGAUCGGCCUGUCUGUUGACGGGCCUGGAGAGGAGGUCAGGUGGAGCGACAAGACGGAGGUAGACUUUCAGAACUGGGCAGAGGGGAGGGCCGGUGGUGCCCCGAGGACAAACAGGUUGUGUAUCACAAUGUCCUCUUCAUCAGGAAAAUGGUCGCCGAGUAAGUGCAGCGAUCUCCACGGCUACGUUUGCAAGAGGAAGACUGUGUCUGUGGUGGAGACUCCCAGGGAGCCGCACUACAUCGGAGGAUGUCCGGAGGAAUGGCUCUACUUUGGCCACAAGUGUCUCCUGCUUCACCUCCCUGACAGCCCAAAGGAUGGGAAGAGUUGGAAAGAUGCCCAGUCCAUCUGCUCCUCGUUCGGUGGAACGCUGGUCGCUGUAGAAGACGAGAUUGAACAAGCCUACAUCACCAUGUUGCUCCAGGGAAGCGCCGUGGGUGUGUGGAUCGGACUGCGAGAUGAGGACACCAUGAGAUGGACCAAUGGGAAAUCAGUCAGCUUCACCAACUGGUCCCCAAUUGAACCAAAGAGCUACCUCACUGAGGACGAGUGGCUCACUGGAUUUGCUGAUGAGCCGCUGUGCACCGUUCUGUCCAACAACCACAACUUCCACCUGACAGGGAAGUGGUACGAUGAGAAGUGCAGUGAGAGUGGGUAUGGAUUUGUUUGUCAAAAACCUCAAGACACUUCCAAACCCCCCACCCACUCCUAUCACCAACCUCUCCCUGAAAAUAUUGAGUACAGGAGCCGCAGCUACAAGGUUGUGUCUGGCAACAUGAGCUGGUACGACGCGAUGCAUAUGUGCAUAGAGAAUGAUUCUGACCUAGUGAGCGUUACAGAUGCCUACCACCAGGCUUUCCUUACUGUCCUUGUCAAUAGAUUGGCAGUCCCCCACUGGAUUGGACUGUAUAGUCAAGACAAUGGCAUCAAUUAUCAGUGGUCAGAUGGCAGUGACACCGUGUACACACACUGGGACCCAGCCGAUGACGAUGAAGACUUUGUGACGGGAGAGUGUGUGUACAUGGACGUUAGCGGAGGCUGGCGGAGAGCUGACUGUGAAACUAUGCUAUCAGGGGCCCUGUGUCACCUUCACCCGCCAAGCAGUAAACCAUUCAUCUCAUAUGAGGUGGCGUGUCCCUCAACGUGGGUGAAAUUUGGACACGGCUGUUACAACUUUGAACCUGUGGUGCAGAAACUCACAUUUGAAGAGUCAAGAGAGCACUGCAGGCAGAAAGUCAACACCUCGGAUGUGCUGACCAUAGAGAGCGAGACAGAGAACCGAUUUGUUCUGGAGCAGCUGUGGUCGUCGGGGUUCCUUCACCACACCGUGUGGUUGGGGAUGUACUUCAACAUUGACACUGACUCUCUUUCCUGGGUGGAUGGCUCACCUAUGGACUACACCAACUGGCUCAACAAAGCUCCGGACUCCAAGCAGCUGACUGGAGACUCCUGCGUCACCACCAGGGUGUCUGAUGGUGUGUGGCACAUGUCACAGUGCACCGAGCGGCUUGGCUUCGUCUGCAAAACCAUCUCUGAUGUAAUUCCUGAAGUGGAAGUGGAACCGCUAAAUGGUCUACAUCAUGGGGUCAUCUCCGCUGCGGUGCUGGUGGCUGUGCUGAUCUUUGCCCUGCUGGCAGGAGCGAUGUGGUUCGUGUACAAGAGGAACGCGUCACGUUUUCGUGGGCUGCCCACGCUCGGCAGCGCUUACUACAGACAAACCAGCUCCCAGGCAACAGAGUCUGACGGAAACGUGCUGAUCACAGACCUGGAGUCUCACUCAGGAGAAUAGCACUCAGCGACUCCUUUAAGGUUUCUGUGGCUCUCCCAUUCUCUGUCCGUCUGUCGCCAUCAGGUAUGAACGCCACAUUACACUGUAAAGCUGUGACUCCUCAGGACAGUGGUGAGACGAUGACGGAAAAAGUUCAGUUCUGUAAUCUGAGAAUGUGUUUGAAGGAUCCCAGUUGCUCUCGACAGUUUCCAUUCAUUCAAAACAUUUAAAUGUGACAAAUGUUUGUGAAGGUUUGCGUUGACACUGACACGUCUGAAUUUCUAAACUCACAAAGGAUGCCAGAGAGCUGUUAAAAAAGGUACUGAACACUUGAUGUUUGUUACAAUCCUGAAUUUUGAGGAUUUAACCCUUUGAAACCUAGAUUUCUUUCAAAAACAUGGAAAGAAGGCAAUGAGCAACUUGACAAGAAAUGACC